AUGGAAGCCCCUCCAAAAUGUUUCUACAAAGUGAAUUGGGAUGCAGCUUUUAGCAAGUCUGGGGGCAGUAUUGGUUUUGGCAUUAUAGUUAGAGAACAUGAGGGAAAAUUCAUGGCUACUAAGAGGGUGAAGAGAGAAGGUUUCAGUGAUUCUCUUUUGGCUGAAUCAAUUGGAGCUUUACAUGCAACAUUAUUUGUUGUUGAACUUGGUAUGAGGAAGAUUGUUUUGGAAGGGGAUUCCCUCCAAGCUCUCAUCAAGAGUAUCAUUUUAAAAUUUGAGCUAUGGAAUAGUGCAGGGAUGAUCAUAUCUAAUGUUAAACAACACCUAUGUACUUUUGACAGUUGGUUUGUUAAUCAUAUUAGAAGAACUACUAAUGGGGCUGCUCACAUGUUAGCUAAGAGCUCUUUAGAGUUAGUGGAGGAUAAGGCAGAAUGA